ACUACAUUGCUCCAACAACGGCUAGAGAGAGGAAGAGAGAGAAAGGGAGUAGAGAGAGAGAGAGAGAGAUGAUGAUGAUGAUCGGAGAAAUUGUGGGAGGUUGUGUAUACGAAGAACACUCAUCGUUCUCCGAACAAGCUUUCUACGCGGUAACCCUUCUAUGGCUACUCUUUCUGUGCACCACCGAAAUAAUCGGAAAUCAUCUUCAGUACUCCAAAUUCUGGAACUCCACUUCUUCGAACAAAUCCAAGCUACAAAUUAUGCUUUCGAGUAAGAUCGGAAUGCUGAUUUUAUACACCCCAGCUUUGCUCGCCGCCGCCUCUUCAUUUGCGCUCCUCCCUAAUGGCGGCGGCGGGAUCAGGUUUCCGAUGCUCAAAUCAGCUCUCACAAUUCAUUUUCUCAAAAGGGACUUGGAGACUUUGUUUAUCCACAAGUACAGCGGCUUCGUCGCUCUGGAAAGUGCCGUUUUUAUUUCAGCCACCUACUUCACAAUGGCUGCAGGCACCCUCUAUUUUCAACACCAAACUCGGAACUUUCCGGAACCUUCUACCGACCUCAAGUACAUUGGUGUUUUACUAUUCACGGUUGGAAUAUGCGGAAACUUCUAUCACCAUUACUUUCUAUCGAAGCUUAGAAACAAGAGUGACAAGGGGUACAAGAUUCCAACGGGAGGUCUUUUUGGUUUGGUUAUAUGCCCUCACUAUCUAUUUGAAAUAAUUACUUUUAUCGGGAUCUCGUUUAUUUCGCAGACGCUAUUUAUGUACUUGUGCGCCGUUGGAUCGACUUUUUAUUUGAUUCCGAGGAGCUUUGCUACUAGAAAAUGGUAUGUUUCCAAGUUUGAGAAUUUCCCCAAGAAUGUCAAGGCUUUGAUUCCAUAUGUUCUCUAGAUCUUUUAAGAGGUCAAGAUUGUAAUUGACUUUUACUCCAUGUAAAGCUUCUUUCUUCUCUCUUAUGUAUUAUGGGUUUAUUAAUGAACUUCAUCAUAUAAUAUUCCAAUUGUACCAUCAUAUGAUUAUUAAUAAUCAAUAAUUAUACUGUUACAAUA